CAGUCGGACGUGGCGAAUAAAAAUUAAAAGCAGAGAAAAAUUAACUACAUAAUCUAGUUAUUUAAUUAAAAAUACAUUAUAAAUGACAAAUUCUGUGGUUAGUUGAACGCUUAAACGACAGUGUGCGAUACAUUAAGUUUACAUGGUUGCGUUGCGGAUAAGAUCACCCUAAUAGUUGUCACCAUCAAAUAAUAACAUACAGAGUACCACAAAACUGACUUGUAAAAAUCCCAAACCUCAGCCGAAACAGUUCGAGCCGAAGUUAAGCCAGUAUGUUUUUCAUGCAAUAAAAACACAAAAGCAAGGUGAAUUCUUAACAAGUACGAAGUCCCUGUACUCACAUGCGGCGCGUCUUUUAAUUUUGCGGAGCAACAUGACAGUAUCCUGGACAGAUGAGUUAACCGAAGAUUCUGAAUUACCCCCUGUUGAAGAAAAGUUCGAUUCAGAACGUAACAUUAAAACUGUCGUACGAUAUUUCUUCAAUGAAGACGGUGAUUUGAUCAAGGAAACUAAAGAAUAUCAAAGAGAAAAACGUGUUGUUGCUUCACGAGUAGCGGACAGAAAACAAUGGAAAAAGUUUGGUGCUUCAAAAUCUGAUCCAUCUGGUGGAAAUUUAGCCAAUACUUACCCAGCCGAUAUAGUUACCAUGCAAAUUGUUCAAUCAAGACAGCCUGAACAAGAGCAAAAGAAACAGGAAGAGAUGAAUGUGAAAACAAGACUUGGAGAACCUGUGAUUGUUUGUAAUUAUUGUAAAGGUGGACAUUUCACUCGUACUUGCCCGUACAAAAGUGAUAUGGAAGCAAUGCAGUUGUUACAAGAACAACUUCGUGCUAAAACGGAACCUACAGAAGAAACAGCUAAAGAAUUACCAAACGAUCGUUCUGGACGUUAUAUACCACCAUCAUUACGUGGUGAUGCAGCCAAUACUAGUGGGUCCAGUAUGUCAACUGACAAACGUCCAUUCGAUGAAAACACUGUACGUGUUACUAAUUUACCACCGGAUACAACUGCGGAAGAAUUGAAAUCAGUGUUCAGUGCAUUUGGUCACGUAGUGCGCAUCUAUCCAGCAAAAGAUAAAUUGACACAACAAAACAGGGGAUUUGCCUUUAUAUCCUUCAGAACUGCGGAAGAGGCGAAAAGUGCAAUUUAUGGUGUCAAUGGUCUUAGACAUAACCAUGUUGUUUUAAAAGUCGAUUGGGCAAAGUAAGUUUAACAUUGUAUUUGUGCUGCAGUGCAUGAAAUCUAUUUUAGUCUGGAAGUUAACAAGAAGUGGAAUUUAUUGCCUUUACGCAUGCUCAUUUAUGUUAUCCUUUUCAUGCCAAUAUAAUCAAAUAAUGAUUGUAUAGUGUAUUAGCGAGUUUUAGUAAUACCUGUCUUUACCAAUUCAUGAAACUUUAUUAUUUCAAAAAUUAGUUCUCCUCAAUACACUAUAUUGAUUGACUACGAUUUAUGAACUACUCUUUACAAAAUGUAUGCAUAUAGACUUCAAGUUUAAAUUUGCAUCUACAGCUCUAGCAUCGGCCUUAUCGCAAGAAUUGACACAAGUAUGUAUCGGUCCCAUUUGCCACAUUUCACAUCAGAAAUUAAAGAGAAAAAGAGCGAUGUAACAAGACAUGAAGCACCCGAGUAAAGUAGUAUUUGCUCUAUUGGUAAACUAAUAGCAAGAAGAAGUUCAAAGAACAACUGAGAUUUUGAAAUAAAAUUAACCACGAUUGCACCACCAUUACCACUGAUUUCGAGCCGUGUCGUCUUAUUCCUCUCCGUCCAUCGAUUAUGGUUAUUAUUCCUUCUUCAACUAAAAGAUCUGUGACUGUGGGGACGGUUCAGGUUAACAGUCGCUGACUUCAUAGUAACUCUGUGUUUUGUUAUUUGUGCCCCCUAAACUUUCAAAUUUACUACUAUUCCAGCCAACAUGAAGGUUUUUUUUUAGGUAUGCGUUUGAGAUACUGUGUCCGUAAGUAAUGUUGUCACGCUCCAAUAGUGAGUAGUAAGAUCUUCAUUUCAUACCUCGUAUUUACUGCUUUUUCCUACCCCUAUCCAGCCGAUCUGCCCGAAACGUGUUCUAGACAAUAUUAGCUCUAUUGAGUUGCUACCAUAUGGAAACCUUAUCAUCACAUCAAGAUACUAGCUACGGUCUAGCAAAUGAAUUCACUGAAUGAAUGAUACCUCAAGUAUACGUUUAUAUUGAUUAUCCAUGUAUCUAUUCAAAGGACCAAUACAUUUAUAUAGUGAUUAGAUUGAACUCUUGAUAUCAACAACGGAAUAAUAAGAACCUAUACAACAUUUAUUUAGAAUGACCCCAAUCUCAAAACCAAAUUGGUAUAGUACGAUAUGAUGAAAUAUCUCUUUUGUACUUAAAAUGUAACCCCUCUUUUUCAUCUCAAUAGUUCUAUUUUGUUUAUUCCAUCUAAUUAUCAUUUGUGACACCAUUUCCAUGAUAGCAAUCAAAGAUGUUUACUUUCGUGAAAACCUCACCAUAUAGUAAUAGUUCUUCUUAUCACUUGAGACAAAAUAUUUAUUUCGUUGUGUAUGGUGUUUUUUUGUAAUGGUGAAGAUUUAUAACUCAAGUGGAUAAUUUUAUUCUCUGAUCAAACCAUCCAGCUCUGAGAAUAAAACUCCACCUAAAAGAUGUUUUUUUUUGCAAUUAUUUGGAUAUUUUCCAUAACACUGGUACUAUAAGUUAAGAUAUUUUGGUAGUAUGAAUCCUAAGCUAAAUUGUUCUGUUCGUCAAUGAAACUGUUAUGAUUUGGUUAGUUUAUUCCUAUAAUUCAUCUAAUCAUUACUUGAUAAUGAAAGUUCUCCAAAACAGACAAUUCAACAUUGUUUAGUCUAAUCCCCAUUACUAUUUAACUAUUAUUAUUCUUUAUUUAUUAUUUCAGACCUUCAAAUAAUUAAAGCUUUCGAAUAAGCAUCGAUAUCUCACUCCUGUUUCACCUAAGUCAAUUGUUAAGAAAAAAAAUAUAUUUGCAGACCCAAUUGAUAAUAAACGAGGUGCAUUGAAUGAAUUCUUAAUUUUCAAUAUUUUGUUCGUUUUGAUCUAUGAAAAUUAAUCAACCAAACAUCUUAUAUAUGUAUCGAUCAAUCUAUUCUGCAUAUUGUUGUUUGUAGUAUCCCCUUUUGUACUUUUUAUUCGAUAGGGAUUUCAAUAUUAGCUGCAAUUUCAACGUUCGUUAUAGUUGAAUGAUUAUGAUAGUUCACUCUUACAAAUAAAAGAUUUGAUUUGUAUCAGUCAAUAACAACGUAGAACUUCGUACGUA